AUGUCUUUCACCCUCAUCAGCGCAACUCCCUCGCCGUUCGCGCGAAUGAAUCGCAUCACGAUGCUGGAGAAAGGCAUUCCGUUCUCGUUGCAGAACGAGAUUCCGUGGCACAAGGAGGAGACCAUCACCCCGCAGCAUAACCCGCUCGAAAAGCUCCCGAUUCUAUUGAACCCCUCCGAUCCCACCUUCGAGCCUGUGUACGAUAGCGCGCAUAUCCAGCGCUACCUCGUGGAGAAGUUUGCGAACAAGGGGCCCAAACUCCUGACCGGCGACAUCGAUCUCGACCUGAAGGCAUAUCAAUUGCAAGUCUUGUCCGAGGGGGUAAUGGAUGCCAUGGUGCUGCGGUCUUUCGAGAAUGCCCGGGCAGAAGAGAAGCAGAGCAAGGAGUGGGCGGAGCGACAGACUCGCAAGAUCAAUGGCGGGCUCAAAGCAUUUGACGAGUUGGCCAAGCACCGGAAAGGAGAAUACUUGAUUGGAGAUGGCAAGGUGUAUACCAUUGCGGACAUUGCUGUUGCUUGUGCGGUGGGGCAUCUGGAUUUCGUCGACGCGGUGCCGGGCUGGAGGGAGCAGUACCCCAGCAUCGCGGAGUGGUUCGACAAGAUGGAGCGGCGGGAGUAUCACGCUCAGACGCGGCCUGUCAUGUUCGACAUCAAAUGGGACAGCAUUGUGUGA